GGAGGUAUGACAACGGACUUAACCUUAACACUUUAAAGUGUAGAGUAGUCCACCUGAGACAUGUUGUAGACUACAGUUACAACUUGGACAACUCCCCUCUAGAAAUAUUUAAAGUUGAAAAAGAUUUAGGAGUGCUGGUACCCUAUGAUCUGAAGUUUUACGCAAACUGACAAAAAUACUUUUCGAGCGAACCUCAAACUGGUAACAUUGAGGCGCAUUUUUGGCCAGUUUGACGGAAGAACUUUCCACAUAAUCUUCAACAGUUUUAUUCGUCCCCAGUUAGAGUACGGAAACGUAGUAUUGCCUGCAUCACUCCAAAAGAAUAAGGACACUCCUGAGCGUAUCCAGCGGCGAGCUACGAAAUCAGUUCGGGGACUUAAAUUCAAGCCUUAUGAAGAGCGCCUCCAAUCAAUAAAUCUUCACCCAUUAGAGUACAGACGUCUUAGAUGUGGCCUUACAGCAUCCUUAGCACUUCUGGACAUCCCCUUAAACACCUACUUAAGUUUAGCUCCAACACAAACCUAAGAGGUAACACUCAGAAACUGGAGACACAACAUGGAAGAACGAACUGUAGACACAACUUCUACUCCUAGAAAGUUGUCAAGUGCUAGAAUUCGCUGUCAGCCGAGCUAGUUCAAGGGACUUCCUUAAGAGGAAACUGGACCUAUUCUUCAGGACUACGGCUAGUGUCUUACCAUGAUUUACCAAUUUCUUUCUUUCCUCUAUUAUCGUUAAUAUACCUAGGUUCCUGUCUGGAUGUGUUGGUGAUCCACUGCUAUUAGACCCGGAAGACUGUUAAGCGAAAGCUUCUUCUAUUCUGUCCACAACCAUUUAAACCUUUUGGCGGGAAGAGUGGGCUUACAUCAUAGUUUCUUCUCAGCUGGGGACUGAGUGUAAUUUCAUGAGUCGGCUCCUUUUGCUUUUAAAUUUGUAUUUAACGGGUUGAAAAUAAUCUAGUCAGCUUACACUUACAAAGAUUGUUCCAACCACUCAGAUUCUUGACACGAUAACUUGUGAUCUACUUUUAUAGGUUAAUAAACCUAUCAUUAUUACCCAGGACUAAAGAUUUCAAGAUUAAUGCCGUAUAUCUGAUGCCUAGUUUUCUCUCACUUCCAGUCUAUCUUCAGACCAGCAAUACGCUAUCUUCAAUCUGUUAACAUACUCAGAGCUUGCAAACAGCAUAUACUUUAUCGUAAUAUGGACUUCUAUAUCAAUGUGCCUCCUCCCGUGCAUUUUCUUGAUGUUACUGAAGCGUUCAAAUCACUUAGCAAUGUGGAAAAGGAUUAUGUUUUCAGCUGCACACAAGCGUCUUGGAUUGGAGGUCUCAUAGGAUUAAUUCAAACAUCUCCUGAGUCUGCUGGAAUAUUUUUGUUUGUCAGUCGCUUUUUCCAUUUGGAGAACGUACAUUCCUUUGUUGAAAAAGCGACAAAAAUAAUUUUUCCGAUGAGGAAAUAACCCACAUUUUAUCUUAUUUCGCCUCAGUGCUGGGUAAUUUCGGGAAUUACCUGUCUUUUGGGGACACCAAGUUCAUCCCAGCUAUCAAUGUCGACAGGGUAACAGAAUUUUUAUCGUUGAGUAGUGAAUUUUCUAAUUCAGAAACUGGUCUUAAAGCUUUAUGGAAAGAAAUAGCUCCAGCCAUCUAUUCGUUAAGUCCUCGCCGUUUACGCCUUGGUUUUAGUCCCACUGAAAUAACGUCUUAUUACUCUGAAGACUGUAUUCGAAGUGAUGCUGAACUAGUUCAAAAAUAUCUGGAAAACGUUAAAAUUGAAGCGUAUAAUACCCGACUUUUUAAGAGUAGUAACUCCAACUCCAAAGUUUAUUCGAUUCGGUUUGCGUCGGCUGAGAAAAAAUUCAACCUGUGCAUUUUGAUGCCCUUCCUUCGGGAACUUCUUUGCAGCUCGAGUACGGUGACUACUGCGAACUUAUGGAGUUACUGGUUGACUGCUCUUUAGAUGCCAAAGCACACUCUCUUAACAAAAUCGAAUCAGAAAUGUGGGAUCAUUAUGCUCAGAGCUUUUAUACUGGGUCCUUAGACUCUCACAAAGAUGCUUCUAGACUAUGGGUCAAGGACAAAUGCCCUGUGGUUGAAAAUUACAUUGGCUUUAUUGAAACUUAUCGUGAUCCUUUAGGUGUACGUGCAGAGUUCGAGUCAUUUGUCGCAGUUGUGAAUCGAUCAAUGUCAUCUAAAUUUCAGCGGCUAGUAGACAAUGCUGUUGAAUUGUUAUCUAAUUUGCCAUGGCCUUCUACUUACGAAAAAGACAGGUUCUUACAACCAGACUUUACAAGUUUGGACGUAGUAACGUUUGCAACCUCAGGAAUCCCUGUUGGAAUUAAUAUUCCUAACUAUGAUGAUGUGCGCCAAGUUGAUGGAUUUAAAAAUGUAUCCUUGGGGAAUGUACUCAGUGCUCGCUUCAAGGACCCUAAAUCAGAAUUUCUCCGAGAGGAAGACAAGAAGUUGUAUGUGGAUCAUGCGGAGAGUUCUUUCGAACUUCAAGUUGGACUUCAUGAAUUGUUAGGCCAUGGUUCUGGGAAGCUCUUUCAACGUAGUGGCGAUGGAAUACUGAAUUUUGACACAAAUUCUACGAAAGAUAUCAUAAGUGGAGGUCCCAUACGCAGUUGGUAUGGACCAGGCGAAACAUACGACAGCAAAUUUUCGAGUUUGUCUUCGGCAAUUGAAGAAUGUCGAGCUGAAUGUAUUGGAAUUUAUCUAUGCAAUUUACCACUUGUCUUGGAACAGUUUAAUCUUAAUACUAAUUGCUCUACAGACAGUGUUCCAGAUGUUGUCUACGUUAAUUGGUUGUCCAUGGUUCGUUCAGGCGUAACUUCUAUGGAAUUCUAUUCACCUGCAGAAAACGCUGGCGAUAUUGGUUCUUGGCGUCAGGCACAUUGCUGUGCUCGUUAUGUGAUUUUGCGGGUUUUAAUUGAAGCUGACAAUUCGCUGGUACGUGUAGACGAAAUAGUUGGUGAUGAUGGUGAACCUGAUUUAACUAUUUUCUUAGAUCGCCAAAAGCUUUUGACAGUGGGUCGUCCGGCAAUUGGCGAAUUUUUACGAAAAAUUCAGUAUUAUAAAAGUACAGCCAAUGCUAAAGAUGGUUGCGCCUUCUUCCAGCAUUAUUGUCAAUUGCUACCAGAACAUAUUAAAUUGCGCCAAAUUGUGAUUAAUCGCAAAAAACCUCGACCUAUUUUCGUUCAACCUGGACUCCGUAAAACCCCUCAUGGUGUUGAACUAAUAUCGUAUCCUACAACUUAUGCCGGUGUAAUACAAUCAUUCGUGGAUCGUUAUGGUGAUUUGCCUCUUGGGCAGAAAGCUCUUGAUGCGCUAGAAACAAUUUGGCGCCGUGAACUUCCGUAUUUCAAAAACAUACCACUUUAAGUGACUUGUCACAAAUUGUUAUUUUCAAUUAAUUUUGGUUAAUAUAUUGUAUGUUUAUUGUCUCCACGUGGAUAGAUGAAUAUUGUUUUCAUUUAUUUUUGCUUGGUUAUAGUAUUAGUGGUUGUGUGAUGGUUUACUAGCCCCAAGUUGUGGUAAAUAUGUUGUGUUAUAAUGUUCAAACCUCUCGAUUUCAAUUAUUAAAUUACAGGUUCAAAGUUGCUUUACGUAUGUGGUAUUACUAACCCAUGCAUAGGAACCGGCUUAGAGUUAUGCUCCUGAACCUGUUCUCUUUAGUUAAUAGAAUAGCUUACAAAUGACGGUUAUAGUUUUCGAACUUUUCUUCGUAAUGUAGAUCUUCACCCCACUUCUGUUGACAUUGCAGUAAAAGUUACAAGCCUGUUGUUUCAACUGGAAUGAAAAUCGUUAAUUGAGGCUAGAGUGAAGCUCAUGUUCAACAGUAAGUUCUGUUCAGCUGAGUGAUGUGCGAUCUAAAACUCGCUUAGUAAGUACUUACGAUUUUCUCAAUAAAAGAACAAUUUGAUGCUUUCCUGUUGCUAAUAACGAUAAAAUAUACUGACUGAUCUUUGGUGGGCAAUUUCACCCGUAAUUCUUUCAAGUGAAAUUAGAGUGUUUGUUUAAGCCUCAAUAUACUGGUUCUUCAAAUUCGAAGCAAUGUUAUUUUCACCUGUUUCUAGUCUCAUAGAAAUACGUUGGUCACUUAGCUUGCGUAACUUCUGUUGUAUUGUUACAUUGUUGGGUUCCAUUUAAUAUUAAACAUCAGAGAUGUUUUCUUUUUUUAUCGAAUUAUUGGUGUGAGUAGUAGGUCCCGAAGUUAAGAUUUGUGCUUUUAUCAGAUCUUCGUGGGGUUGCACAUGGAUAAUUCCGAGUUACAUAUAAAUUGUAUUGUACCAUGUCAAGGCCAUAUAGGUUAUUCUAGCUUCCGGACAGACCAGUUUACUUACUUACGCCUGUUACCCCCCAAUGGAGCAUUGGCCACCAACCAGCUUUCUCCAACCCAAUCUGUCCUGGGCCUUUCUUUCUAACUCUAUCCAAUUAUUGUUCAUUCUUCUCAUGUUUGUCUCCAUUUCUCGGUGUAAUGUGUUCUUUGAUCUUCCCCUUUGGCCCUGAUGAUUCCAAGUGAGGGCUUGUCUUGUGACGCAGUUGGAUACUUUCCUCAAUGUAGGUUCUAUACACUCCCAGUGUUUCUUCCUGAUUUCUUCUUCCACUGGAAUCUGGUUUGUCCUCUCCCACAGUAGGUUAUUGCUAAUAGUGUCUGGCCAACGGAUUCUAAGUAUUUUGCACAGGCAACUGUUAAUAUACACUUGUAUCUUCUGGAUGAUGGCUUUCGUAGUUCUCCAGGUUUCCACCACAUACAGUAGAACUGUCUUGACAUUUGUAUUGAAAAUUCUGACCUUUGUGUUGGUUGACAGUUGUUUUGAGUUCCAGAUGUCCUUCAGUUGUAGAUAUGCUACUCAUGCUUUGCCGAUCCACGACUUCACAUCUGCAUCAGAUCCAUCGUGCUCAUCAAUGAUGCUGCCCAGAUAUGUAAAUGUUUUUACAUCGUCCAAAGCUUCUCCGUCAAGUGUAAUUUAUUGGUGCAUGUUACGUUGUAUCGGAGAAUCUUGCUUUUCCGUUUGUCACUCUUUUUGAGUGACAUUUUGACCUUGUCAAUUAUUCGCUUACUAAUCUUGAUAUGGACGUAUGUGUGUGUAUUGCUUAUCAUACUUAUCACAUGUCUGUAGCUUAUUUUUGUUUAACUAUAAAUAUUGAGUCUCGUUUGUCAAAACGAGUUGGUUUGUUGCUUUCUCCGUCUCAUCGUUUUCCAUUUUUCCAAUGACAGUCUGCACUUCGCAUCACUUUCCAUAUAUAUGUAUGUACUCGAAUCUUAUUAAUUGAUUCUACUCUUAAUUCGUUUCUAUAUUCGCUCGCUUGUGCGCGUCAGCUUUUCUGCUCGAAUUCUCUCGGCGUGUUUAUAGCUUAUUGAUCUGUACUUUUCAAUAAUAAACUGGUUGGCGCUUUGUGCUGCCUUCUAAAUUUAGACACCGUUGGGAUUUAUUCAACGGUUAUCAGGGUGCUUGAUAUACAAAGCCUAAGGAAUUAUGUCAAUGCUAAUCCACUGCAAAGUGUCUUUUUGCCAAAGGAAAUUAUAAUGCUGGAUAGGGUUUCUAUCGACUCAAGAUUGUGCGCAUAUCGUUUUGCCUUAGUUUCCUAACCAUGCCAAUUCUCAAUGUUUGUUUCGAUUACUACUUCUUGGUCGUGUAAUUAAGGUUUUCGCUUAGAUUUCCCGAUACUUUAUCUUCUAUAUUUACCACUGGUUGAUCGACUUUCUACAUUUUUGGGGGAAUGUUCUAUUAUGUGAAUUUUUCGUCCUGUUUCCAUGCACAUUACUCAUACAUUAAUACACCGUAGCAAUACAUAAUGAUUUUCUGUUGGAUUUAAUAAAUUUUCAAGCAGAGAUUCAGCUUUCUGUAGGUCAACUGCGCCGAGUUAAGAGAGAAAAAUUCUCAUUCUUUGGUUGUCUGCUUGAAAUAUUCAGGAGCGGGGUAUUUUUCUGAAAGUUAGUGUCACAAACUAAAUUAAUCUAACAGGAUUCUGUUUUCACAGAAGACAUAAAUCAAGUGAUUUAGAAACCAAACCUUUUAUAUUAACACAAGAAGUAUUACAAUAACUGUCAUCUAAAUGUCUAGGCUGAUAUGUUGAUAAAGGUGUUGGUUUUUGUCACAGGAACUGGCUAGAAGAGCUAAUUAGCUUUAUGUUUAUAUAAGUACGUAGGUACAUAUAAUCGAUUCUUUUGUACAGUAACAACCGGUGCUGGAGAGUCGUCAUCUGAUGAUCCUCCAUUGUUUUCUGAAAUGAAUUAAAAUUAAUCGUGAGAGUAUAAAUAAAUCUAAGAUGAUAUAUACAACAGGAUAGAUUGAUAUGUAUUUCAAACUGGCUCGUAGUAAUAAUUUACUUCAUGAACGGAUGGUGUUAACCUAAACUGUAUAUUACAACCACUCAAUAUUAGAUUAAGGUGCAUAUCCGUCUCACAAGUGAGUGGCUAUCUGGACUCAGCAUCUAAAGAGAUAACUUUUUGAGGGUUCGAAGCUAAAGAUAAUAGAUUCCAGUACCAAAGUAAACAUCAGCUCUUGGGUUUAAGUAUAUCUGGCUGAUGAAUUCUAAGUAGGAUGAAACACGCAUCCUGGAUCCCGUCGCUAGCCAUAUCCCAUCUAUUCUAUGUGCGCAUUAAUAUGGGAUUUUUUGCUAGUUAUAGACGUUCAUGGUUUACGUAGUCUAAACUCUUAGUUUCAAUCUUGCUCACUAGAUAAACAAAGCCAUAGCUCACUGUCUAUUUACCGAGCUGAGUGCAAUCAAAUAGUAUAAUUAGUAAAUAUAUAGUAUGGUCAGCUACUAGUUAACUAAUGGCUGUUCAUUCUUUCAAUGGAUAGACCAAUAAGUAAAAAUAUUACUAAUACCUAUGAUUAGAAAAAUAACCAACCUCAGCUUUCCCAUUUUAGUCAUUGGCAUAGAAUCGUGUCAACAGUGGUUCUUUAAGUUUUCAUUAUUUUUAUUUUUGUUUGAUCAUAAGCGUAGUGUGUGGUCUUCAGUUUGGUCAAGUACUCAUUGCUGAUUUGGGUUUAUCAAUCAUGCCAA